AUGACAAGCACAAGCCUGAACAUGGGGCAGAAAAGAAGUAUAAGGCGCCCGCCACGGCCCGUCGUUCCUUCCUAUUCCGUUCAACAAACACCCAUCGCACCUUCCCAAUUCUACGGACCGCCUCUCGGAUACCCACCCGUUCCGCAAAGGCAAGUCUUGAUCAUGAAAUACACCUUGGACAUCUACCAGAUGGACCCCACCGGCCAAACUUCCGAGUCCAUCUUCCGUGAUUUGGAUCCUAUCGCCUUCCAGAAGCACUCGGCAUUCGGUCGUUACUCGAUGUCGGUAUGCCCCCUAACAUGGUCAUACCGCAGCCCAGCAAAAAGAUUCAUCCAACUCGCCUUCGGCCCAGCCAUGAACCAUCCCUACAUGCAGCCCAACGCCUUGAGAUAUGUCUUUUGCGCCAUUAACCGUACUCGCAACGGCAAGAAGAUCUUCCUCGAAUUACCCGCCGACCUCUGUCUCUCUGUGCAAGUCUAUCAGGUCUUGGUCAUUCUUCAGAUCAAAGACUGCAUUGGUCCUCUUCAUGGCCAUAUCAAGCAGAUCAUCAAGGACAGACCACUCUCGGAGGCUGAGCUGGAUGUCAUGCAAACCUGUCUGGAAGUGACUUGCCCUGGUCUCUACUGGUUUGCGGUCACGGUACAGGAAGAGCGCGAGGAGCAGACUCUGCAGAAUGAGCUAGCUCACGAAGACGGCCAUUCCAGCGAGGAUACUGUGAUUCGGGAUGCAGAAAGCCCUGACACAGACUCCGACGAACAGUCGGGAGCAGGUGAAGAUGACGGAAGCGAAGGCAUGAGCUCGGGGUGCGAGGCAGCAUCAGGCAGCAAUGGCACUCACACUGAAAGCAGUGAAAAUGGCACUGCUGCCACAUCAUCCGAAGAAGACGGUUACCCAGCAGACGACGACUUGCCAACCACAAGGUACAAGCGUCGUCGAAGUUCCAGUGAGCCUACACCAUAUCUAGGAAGACUGUACGACGAGCCACCGCUCAACUCAGCUGCGUUCCGAGAAGACUCAAGCGAAGACCUCGAAUGGUGA